AGUUUUUUCCAUGUAGAGCUGUUACUACUUUAAAACUGCUAGCGCGUAGAACCACUGAUUUAAAAAAACAAUUCUGAUGAAAAGACAACAGGCGAAAUAUGAUUUGUUAUCUACGCGUCGUCAAAUCAACCUGCGUUCCAAUACUCGUUCCAACAACUUCACGAAGCAACGUUGUUUUUUAAUUGUUCUGGAACAGCAUUCACGAAGUUCGUCAAUGAUGUUCCAGAACAAGUCUUCGAUUUGCUCUCGUAGCAACGCGGCACAAACAAAUCACCUACGAACAGGAUUGCAUCGUUCGUGUGCUUAUCCUAUACUUCUGGCUGACUUGUUGGUGAAUUUCUUUGUUUAUGUCAGUGAAAAUGGCACAGUCUUCUUGUCCAUCAGACAAAACACAUUCGAGAAGGGAGCGCUUGGCAAGGUCCACUUACGUGAGUCAACUCGUGAGUAGUUUCGAGGCUCUGACCGGCCAGCCUUGCAUAACUCCCGUCCAGACACUGGCUGAUGCCGACCAAGUCCUCAUCAGCCGUUCAGUUCAAGAGCGCAAGGACGAGCUGCUGGGAAAGACUAGCUCCACUCCUUCAGAGGCUACUGUGGUUUCAGUCCGACCACAGAAGCCGCCAAGUACCAAGAGCCUGAAUGUCGCAGAUACGAAGUCGGCGAGUUCAACGGAGCCACAGAAACCGCCCCGCACCAAUUGGAACUCUCUGGCUGAUAAAAGAGAUGCCCAGCCCGCUGUUGAGGUGAGGCAGGAGGAGUUGCUCCGCACCCUUGUUCUGGGUGACACAACUGCGCACGCGACGGUUACCGUGAAGCCAGCUAGCCGUAUCCCUGCUCUACCUGUCACAACUGCGCACGCCACGGUUACCGUGAAGGCAGGCCGUACCCCUACUCUAUCUGACACAGGCCGUAGCUCUACUUUACCUGUCACAGCCGCCUUGAAAACGGAGGUUCCCGUUACGCUAGUGGAAUCAGCCCAGACCCAGCUCCUGGCUGACGCAGCCCAGACGAGGCCCACGGAAAGCACUCCCGUCCUCCAGCCACCACCUAAGCCCGCCAGGUGCAAGGACUUCGUGCUCUCUAGGAACAACGUUGGUCAUUUCGGCUUCGCCCUCCUCACAACGUUGGCUCCCGACUUGGAACCAGUCCACGUGAUUUUUCAAGCUGCCGACAGCAUCGCAACCCUGCCAGUUGGCAGGAAUCUCUCUCUCUUUACAAUGAUUGAGAAAAAGUCUUAAAAAUCCCUCAUUCACAUACCACUUAUAAUGUUUCUGUAUAGAACAGCACCGUUAAUCUUGAGUGUAAAAUCUGACGCCACCAAACGUACUCAUUCUGUAGAACGUCGUGACUUGUCUUACCCUUUAUUGAGAAUACGACGAUGCAUAGAGAUGCUUGUGACAUGUUUGACUGUGAUCUCUGACUCACACUGUCCGGACUUGAUUUUACAAUGCAGCCGAAAU